UAAUAAUGGCUGUAAGCUUAAAAUAGAUCCAGGGAGGAACUCAUUAAUGUGAACAUAGAAAGCAGUUCUGCACCUCUGGCCUUAUUCCUUUUGGAAACUGCUUUGGUCCAUUUUUACUUUCCUUUUAUUCAAUGCACCAGAAAGUAAGACUUUCACCAACAUUUUUACCACAUUUGAUGAUGAACUAAUUUAGACUGGCCAAAAUAAUUGUUCCACUGGGACACAGGAAUUCAACCUCAGUUCAGAAAAUCCCUGACAUCUGACGUAGGAGGAUUUAUAGGUUUAGUGGAAAUUGCUUUCUCCUGCUCUCCAGAUUGCAUCCUGUGGGUUGAUUUUUUUUGCAUGAGUAAACAUCCUUCUAAUAAUGAGCAGACCAAUAAUGUCUUAAAGAGAGAAAAAGAACAACAUUUUCCUUUUUGCUGUUUCUGGAGAGAGCUGUUUGAAUUUGGAAACCCAUGUUGACUGUCCCAAAUAUGAAAUUUGGCAUCUUUCUUUUGUGGUGGGGAUGGGUUUUGGCCACUGAAAGCAGAGUGCACUGGCCUGGAAGAGAAGUCCACGAGAUGUCUAAGAAAGGCAGGCCUCAAAGACAGAGACGAGAAGUACAUGAAGAUGCCCACAAGCAAAUCAGCCCAAUUCUGAGACGAAGCCCUGACAUCACCAAAUCGCCUCUGACAAAGUCGGAACAGCUUCUGAGGAUAGAUGACCAUGAUUUUAGCAUGAGGCCUGGCUUCGGAGGCCCUGCCAUUCCUGUUGGUGUGGAUGUGCAGGUGGAGAGUUUGGAUAGCAUCUCAGAGGUUGACAUGGACUUUACGAUGACACUCUACCUGAGGCACUACUGGAAGGACGAGAGGCUGUCUUUUCCAAGCACCAACAACCUCAGCAUGACAUUUGAUGGCAGGCUGGUCAAGAAGAUCUGGGUCCCUGACAUGUUUUUCGUGCACUCCAAACGCUCCUUCAUCCAUGACACCACCACAGACAACGUCAUGUUGCGGGUCCAGCCCGACGGGAAAGUGCUCUACAGUCUCAGGGUUACAGUAACUGCAAUGUGCAACAUGGACUUCAGCCGAUUUCCCUUGGACACACAAACGUGCUCUCUUGAAAUUGAAAGCUAUGCCUAUACAGAAGAUGACCUCAUGCUGUACUGGAAAAAAGGCAAUGACUCCUUAAAGACAGAUGAACGGAUCUCACUCUCCCAGUUCCUCAUUCAAGAAUUCCACACUACCACCAAACUGGCUUUCUACAGCAGCACAGGCUGGUACAACCGUCUGUACAUUAACUUCACGUUGCGUCGCCACAUCUUCUUCUUCUUGCUCCAAACUUAUUUCCCCGCCACCCUAAUGGUCAUGCUGUCCUGGGUGUCCUUCUGGAUCGACCGCAGAGCUGUGCCUGCCAGAGUCCCCUUAGGUAUCACGACGGUGCUGACAAUGUCCACCAUCAUCACGGGUGUGAACGCCUCCAUGCCACGUGUCUCCUACAUCAAGGCCGUGGACAUCUACCUCUGGGUCAGCUUUGUGUUCGUUUUCCUCUCGGUGCUGGAGUACGCGGCCGUCAACUACCUGACCACCGUGCAGGAGAGGAAGGAACAGAAGCUGCGGGAGAAGCUUCCCUGCACCAGUGGAUUACCUCCGCCCCGCACUGUGAUGCUGGAUGGCAACUACAGUGACGGGGAGGUGAACGACCUGGACAACUACAUGCCAGAGAAUGGAGAGAAGCCUGACAGGAUGAUGGUGCAGCUGACCCUGGCCUCAGAGAGGAGCUCCCCACAGAGGAAAAGUCAGAGAAGCAGCUACGUGAGCAUGAGAAUCGACACCCACGCCAUUGAUAAAUACUCCAGGAUCAUCUUUCCAGCGGCAUACAUUUUAUUCAAUUUAAUAUACUGGUCUAUUUUCUCCUAGAUGUUUGUAAUUCUAUAAAUUUCACAUUUCCAUGGCAUGCACUACAGAAAUAACUGUAUAAUGAAAAAGAAUUUAAGGGUAUGGUUAAAAAAAAGUCCCAGGACCCACCCAUGUUUUCACUAUCCCUUCUGCAGUUUUGCAAAGCUACAUUGACAAGACACUUACUGGUUUAAUUUGUACUUAUUAACCAUCUAUUGAAUAUACAGCAUUAUAUUAGGUGCUGCAGGAUUAUGACUCUGUAGUGAUUGAUGUUAGUUGUUACCCAGAUCCCCUGGAAAAGCACACUACCAGUGUUGUGGGCACAUUUAGUUCCACCCAUUAGACCCUUGAUGCUAUUCACAUGAAUAAUUUAUUUUCGUCGAGUGUCAUUACAUUCUUCAGGCUAGGUGGACUUGGAAGCACCUAAAGGCCAUUUGCAUGAAAUUCACAUGCACCUAAAUCCUCACUUUGACAGAAGCUCAUGCUUCAGUUUAUAACCUAUUACCUAUUUUGUAUGCAACUCUGCCUCUGCAUGUUUAUUUUAAUAAAAGACAAUGAUAAUAUUCACAUUAUUUUUCUUUAUAUGCUGUGGUUCACAAGUUUUACUCCUUCACAAGAAAAACUCUUUAGAUUGGUGCAAUUGCUUCUGAUUUUGGUAAAAGUUUCCCUGGUAGGGAAACUUUGGAGAUAAGAGUACACACAUGCAUUUUGUCUGUUGUGUCAUAGAGGUAACUAGGCUAGAAAAUUUGUGUUUAAAUGUUCCCUUUUUAUAUAAUCACCACUUCGUGUAUCUUCUUCUUGGAGCAUGUCCUUGUUCAAAGAGAAGUCCUUUCUCAGUGAUAUGAUGUCUUCACUGAGGAACUUGGGUAGAGAAUGAUUUCUUCUGCAUAAACAUUUCAAGGAAAUACAUUAUUUGGGACUACUUGUAACUCAUUAGAAUGAGAAAUACUCACACGGUUUCUUAAGAGAAAAAGAACAUCAGAAAGCAAAAUAAAUAGGAAGACGUCACUGGACAUCUGCAUUUAUACUCGAAAUGCCAGCAUUUUCUAUGAACCAGAAAACUGCCAUCACCUAGACCACACAGCCCAGAUACCAGGCAAAAGGAUGGCCCAAUGGCAACUGAUGUCAGGGCAUGGGGUAAAGGAGAGGGUUCUAAUUUGAUGUAUCAUUGAAAAACAGUUAUUUAUAUUAUAUAUCUACUAUAUAGAUCAACCCCCACCAAACUUACCCAAACAGCAUUUGUUUUAUUUGAAACUCACUUUAAUAAAGUGAAUUAUAUACACAA